GGAACGCACGUGUUAUUGAAAAUUGUAGAUUAAAAGAAAUAUAAAUUUAAUUUAAUACUUUACCAUAAUGAUAAAUACCAAAAAACGUGCCGCUGAUAAAAACAGCAAUACCGAAGAACCAUUGAAGAAGAAAACACCCAAGUUUGAAAAGAAGACUGGUGAAAACGAUAACAAAACACAGAAAUUUGGUAAACCCACCAAAGUUGGAGGAUUUAAAAAUGGUGAUGGCAAAUUCCAAGGAAAAGAUAGCAAAUUCAAGGGUAAAGGUGAUAGUAAAUUUGCAGGAAAACCCGGUAGUAGGCCAGGAAAUAAAUUUGCUGGUAAACCAAAAUUUGGUGAUAAAAACCCUGCUGAAGGCGGCGAUAAACUAGGCGAGCCAGAGAAAACUGAUUGGCGUAAAUUUAAACAAGACAAAAAAGAUUUAAAAGUGAAACGUAAACAGUCAAAGAACACCUAUGAUAUAUCUAUAGAAGCCAAACAGAUCUAUGAAAAGUUAAAUUGCCGUAAAACCGAAAAGAAAACUGAAUUAGUGGAGCAAUUGUACAAUUUGUUCAAAACCGGAGAUACCAUUAAAAAAGUGGUAAUGGCUCACGAUACCGCCCGUAUCAUACAAUGCAUGCUUAAGUUUGCUUCACCCCCACUGAGAGAACAGCUUUCGGAACUUUUAGCACCAUUCGUUGUCGAAAUGUCCAUUUCAAAAUAUGCACACUUUUGUGUUUUGCGUAUGCUUAAUUAUGGCUCUCCAGCAACAAAAUCCAAACUUGUUGAUGCUUUUAUUGGAAAUAUUGUCAAGUUGGCUUCUCACAAUAUUUCCAGCAAAAUUCUUGAUGAUGUUUAUCUUACGGUAGCCAAUCCUAAGCAAAAAGCCUAUAUGCGUCAAGAAUUUUACGGUGAUUUAUAUAAAAAAUCCAAGGAUGAAAAUGUUAAAUGUUUGGCCGAUUGUUAUAAGGAAACAACAAAUAUGAAAGCAUCCAUCUUAAGUUCGGUCAAAGCUAAUUUGGAACAUAUUGCCAAUAAACAGUUGGUGGAUAAUUCUUUGGUGCAUGCUGUAAUGUUGGAAUAUGUUAAGGAAAUGGAAGAGGAUAAAGUGGACGAGACUGUGACAAUGCUCGCUUCGCAUAUACCUUUGAUGUUGACAACCAAGGAUGGUUGUCAGGCGGCCAUAAUAAGUUUCCAUAAAUCAACACCUAAAAAUAGAAGAGCUAUAAUCAAGAACAUUAAAGAACAUUUGAUCAAAAUAUGCACCCAUGAACAUGGUCAUAUAUUUGCCAUAGCCGUUAUUAAUGCUUUGGACGAUACAAAGGCUACCAAAAAGGCAAUAUUUGAUACAAUACACCCCGAACUACAAAACCUUAUGUCCAACCAAUAUGGUCGUCGUGUAAUUGAAUGGCUUGUGUCGCCCGGCGAUACCAAUUGUUUCCAUCCCACAUUUAUAGCUACCAUAGAAGAGGGCCUUCAGUAUGGUAAAAAGGAUAAAGAUAUACGUCGUAAAGAAAUUUUCGAGCAAAUUGAAGAACCUAUAGCCGCAGCUAUAGCAGAAAAUCCAGAAUUUUGGCUAUCGGAUAAACAUAUUGGUUUGGUCACGGCGGAUAUCUUAAAGAAAUUAACCUCAACAAAUUUUGUAAAUGCUGCUGCGGCUUUGGCUAAAAUUGUGGCAAAAUCUGAUUGGUCUGUUAGCGUUGAAGAGGAUUCCAAGGAUAAAAAAUCUAAGAAACCACAAGAUGUUGAAAAAAUUAUAGCUGAAGCCACCAAGUUGAAAACAAAACAGCGUAAACAGGCUCAGAAAAUUAUCCUAAGCGAGGAUAAUGAAGAUGGCGAAGAAGAUAAGGAUGAGGAUUCAGAAACAGAAGUAAAAAAAGAGGUCGCCACUGUUACCAUUUUAGGCAUUGAAGAGGCUGGUCUUCAUAUUGUAUUAAAGAAAAUCAUUAAAAAUGACAAAGAGCGUCUAGCCCAAGACAGCAGUAGUGAAACCUUUGGUAAUCUUUUAAUACAGGAACUCAACGAAGACACUCUUAAAUCAUGGUUGAGCAUAAAUCGUGCCUGCUUUGUCCUACUGAAUAUUGUAGAAAAUAAUACAGAUGAUCUGCAGAAACAAGUGAAAAAACUGCUUAAACCUCACAGCGCUCUUUUGAAAAAGCAAAAGUUCAAUGGGGCCCAAUUGUUGCAGAAAAAACUAGUUUAAGUUUAAAAUUUUAUUAUUUUUCAAAGUUUAUAAAAAUAGGAAAACAAAACAAAAAAAAAGAAAAAAAUAUUAAACAAUUUAUCAAUAGUUUUAUUUAA